AUGAAGGAGACAGCUAAGGAUGAUGUUGUGUUGCCUAGUUUUACCAAUAUUGGAGAACCUACUAGUGCCUCUUCAGAAGAGAAGGCGUUUGCAAAUGUCUCCGUUAUCUACAGUAGCAUUCCUCCUGACGUUAACAUGGAUUCCAUGUCUCGUGCGACCAAGUCGAACGCAGGCGGAGAGAUGCUUCGUGUUUCGAAGCGACCUGAUGGCAAACUCAGUAUUUUUACUUGCGAAUCAGCUCAGAAGAAAGCACCUUCGGUCUAUGAGCGUGGACACAAUUCAGUAUGUGUGGUUUGCCACCGAACUAUUGCCGAUCGGGAAAUGUUUUUGAACUUCCCUGACGAUUUAGACAGGCGGCGAUUGUGGGGAAAUAUGCUGGGCUUCAAAUAUUCGGAUAUGUUGCGAAUGCGUGAUGGAUCCGUCAUGUUGAGCACAGGCCUUAUUUGCACGGACCACUUUUCAGAAGAAUGUUUUAGGUAUUAA